AUGGAAGAAGAACAUCUUGUACGAUUUUAUGCCGACGAAGAUUCAAAUUUUGAUGAUGAUAACAGUUCUGAUGAUAAUUCAAGUGUUGAAGUUACUUCAAGCAUUGAUGAAUGUGAAAAUGAAUUAGUACGUUUAUCAACAUAUCUUCAAUUAGAAUCCGAUUGUGAAAAUGAUGAUGAUCAAGCUUUUGAAUGGCCUGAGCCACCUCCAUCCUUAAUUUCUCCAGACUCAUCUGAUAUCGAAGAAUUAUGUGAUUCACAACAAGUGAUAUUGUCCGCAACGUCACUUCAUAACGAUAAUAUUCGAGAAAAAUGUACGAAACGUAAACGACGCCAAUGGACAAUAAAAGAAAAACUUAUUGCUGUUGCACUGUUCGAUAAAAAUCAAAGUAAACGUAAAACUGCGAAGAGCGAAGGAUGUACAUCCUCUCAAUUACGCAAAUGGAUUGAAAACAAGGAAAACUUAUUAAUGAUGUUGAAAAAGAAAAAAGGUGGUAAAAGAAAACGAUUAGAUGGUGGUGGUAAAAAACUUGUUUACGUUGAUCUUGAUGAUCAACUUUUUACUUGGUACCGGUCACGACGAACCGAUCCCACACAUAAAUCUAUUGCUCCAGCUGAUAUUCGAAGAGAAAAAGUUACUUUUCGCCAUUUGGAAAAAGAAGGUCGUCGAAUUUCUAAAGAAUUGAAUCAUUCACUACCAUCAUCAAGUUGGUAUUUCCGGUUUAUGAAACGUAAUGGUUUAUCAUUACAACGGCCGAAGAGACAAGAUAAAGUACCACUUGAUGAAGUUCAUCGUUUAGCUAAUUCUUUUUAUACGUUCAAUCGUCGUGCUAGUUUAUGGUCAAUUAAACGUGGUCCUAUGGGUGCAUUUACUGAUGGAGAUAUUUGUAACAUGGAUGAAUCUCCAUUAGCACUUUUUGGUGAUCAAGUUAAAAGAUCUGUUAAUGAUAUUGGAACAAGUAAUGAAAUAAAUGGGUGUAUUAGCAACAAGAGAUUUUGUACAGUUAUACUGACUGUUUUUCAUAAAAAUCAACGAAUGGAGCCAGUUGUACUUUUUAAAGGUAAAGGUAAUGUUGGUGUUGCUGAACGUCAACAAUAUUCAAAGGGUAUUCAUGUUAUAUUUACACCGAAAGCUGUAAUUAAUGGACCAUCGAUGGAUUUAUAUUGUACAAAGUGGUUGGAAAAGGUACAUGAUGGUCAUCCAAAGUUAUUUAUAGCAGAUUCGGCUAAUUCUCACCUAAAGCCCGAAAUAAUUCAAAAGUUACGGAAAAAGAAUGUUGUUGUAUCUAUUAUUCCGAAAGGAUGCACGCAAUAUCUACAACUUCUUGAUACAUCAGUUUUUUCUGUCUUCAAAAAUCAUUAUCAAGCUGCUGCUGAUGAAUAUAUUGAUCUCUAUAGUUCACGUAGUAAAAUUAAAUUAGCAGCUAAACAACAACGCAUUUUAUGUACUCGUUUAAUUUCAACAGCAUGGGUUCGUACUCAGAAUAGUAUCGAUUUUGAACGUGCUUUCUUUGAUAUUGGUUAUACAUGGAUUGAUGAAUCUCCUGUUUCUAUUCGAACUCUACAGGGAUUUCUUUUUGAUCCAUCAACAGUAACUUCUUCAAUAACUGAUGUUGAUGAUCGUGAAGAACAAGAAGAAUGUCGUGAAAAGAAAAAGAUGGUCGAAGAAAAUAAAAAGCACUCACAUUUAUCAAGCAUGAAGAACAACAGUACGACAACGUCGGAUUACAUUCCUUUAAUUCUUGGACUUAGUCUUGGCUUAGGUUUACCGUUAUUAAUUAUUAUUGGUGUUUUAAUAUCGUGUUGUUUAUGCAGGUGUUGCCUUGUUCCUCUUCAGGCAAUAGUACGCUCUCGAUAUGGUAAUCGUAUUGGAGAAACGAGUAAUGCAAAAAAUAACUCUGUCGAUCGAGAAAAAACAAAAAGAUCUAGAAAUGAUGAUUUGGAAAUGAAAAAUCAAUUAGAAUUAAAAAAUAUUAACGACACCAGUAGGGAUGCUGCUCAUGCAUUAUCAGUUUGGGAUGAAAAUCCCGAGCCGUUGUCAUUAGAUAAUUCAAAGAAUGACGAUCAAGAUGCAUCAUUUGAUCUUGGCCCGAUGGCAACCACGAUUAUCUCAUUUGUAUCACCUUCUACCAAUAGUCUUACGACAGAAGGUGCAGUAGAAAGAGUUGCACUCCCAUUGUUCCCACCGACACUAACUCAACAGCAUAAAUCGGUUCUUUUAAAAGCAUAUUUUAAGCAGCGUCAACAAUCUGAAGGAUAA